AUGCGCCGCAGCGUGCACCAAUUCAUGGGACUCUUCUGCAAGAAGUGGCAGCAGUUGCCUUCCGGCAGCACUUCUGGUCAGCCCUAUGCUGCCACCACCACCAGUGCCUAUGAGCUGCAGAAGGAGGACCUGGGCAGGCUGCACCACACAGCUGCCCGCAGCGACCCAGCCUGGCUGAGGCGGUGGCAUUGGUGGCUGAAGAGAGUUGGCAUCAACAGGCGAGACACAGAGAAAUGUAAGGUACCGAUGGAAAACACAGAUGGUGAAAAGACAGAAGAAUCUUCUGCAGGUGGUGCAGCAGACAAGGCAGUUCUCAGCACCUCCCGCCCAGUGAGAACUGCUGACUUUACACACGCUGCAAUUGCUCAGCACAGAGGAGGUGCCCUGCCAGCAGGAGGAGCAGAGCAAGAGGAAGAUGCUGAAUCUCUCAGGGAUUUCGAGGACUGGGUCACACAGCUGCAGCAGAAGCUUGCUGAUGCUCUUAAAAAGCAAUCUAUGUCAGAAGCUUCACUGGAUGUUACUAUGCUCUACAACCGUGACCUGGAGGAAGACAAUCUGUGCUUGCAAAAGGAAUUGGACACGGUUGAAGCUGAGUUGCAGGAGUUGGAAGAACAGCGUCUUCAGUCUGAGCAUUGUGUUCGUGACUUGAAGACUGCCUUGGAUAAUAAGGAAAGAGAAGUCACAGCUUCUUCCCAGAAACUGCAGGACCUCCUGUUGGCAUCUUCAGGGGCUAAUACUACUGUAAAACAACUGGAAGAACACGUGCAACGCCUUGAAAUUGAAAAUGCCAGAUUGGAAGCCACAGUCCAGCAACAGAGCAGUAGGAUUGAAGCCCUUCAGAGAGACCUGCAAGCUUCUGCCUCAAUGCAAAAGCAGAAUCUGCUGGCUUGGACAUCAAAGGACUCACACAGCACGUGGGAAGAGCAAUUGAAGUCAAGAUACUACCUUGAAGAGCGUGCUGCUCAGAAUGACAGGGAAAAGGCUCAACUUUUGCAACAGCACGACAGUAAAGGACGGCCAGUGAAGAAGCUGAUAGUGGGGAUAUGCAGAGAUGAAGUGCAUCUGUGUGAAGAAUUGAGAAUAAACUUCAAACUGCAGAAGGACUGUGAGAGGUUGAUUAGCCUUCUGAGCAGAGCUAUGAAGAAACUGAGAGUGUAUGAGGGGAGAGAAGUGGAGGCCCCCCCCAUUGUUUAUAGGAAGAAAUGAAGAACAACUGCUCUGAAAUGGUCACUGAAGGUGGUAGAUGAAGAACAAAGCUGAUGAGAUGGCAUCAUUACCCAUCAGAAGAUGCUGGAGCAGAGAAGUCCCAACUCCAGAAAACAAGGAGCGGUUAUACUGAGAGGAAAGGUUUCCCUUCCACCUGCUAAUUUAGGGACUGGAGUUGCCAGGCAGUGAGGAAGAGCAGCCAUGGCCACCACACUGGCAGGAAGAUGACAGUUUUGUGCUGCUACCACCAUCUAAUGCCAAAUAUGUUGUUCCAACUUGAUGUUUAAUAAAAUGUGUAAUCCAG